AUGGCCAACGCUAGCGCUGCCGCCAAGCGGAGGAGCAAGACUGAAAAGGCCGCCCGGUCGUCGCACGUCGAUCCUGUCAAGCCAAAAGCAGCACUUGCACAGCAUGAGGCUCGUCCCCUGGCGCUCAGUGCUACCCGGAGAGCAGCCGAAAAGAACCUCGACCAGCAGAUCCAGGUUCCUGUCAAUGCCCUGGUAGCCCUCGUCGUCAUGCACAUGCUGUCGUCGCCCUCGUCUCUCUCGCUCGCCCACCUCUCGACCCAUCUCCACCUUCCCCAGUCGCUUCACUCGAUCAUCCCCAGCUGGCUCCGCUCUCCCUCGCUCGCCCAAUUCGCCUCGGACCUGCCCAACGCCUCGGAGCGCGGCCCUCACUACCUACAGCAGUACGCCCAGAACCCGGCCUUCGGUGCAGCAGGGCCCUUUCGAAGCGACGCGCGAGGGUUCGGCCACCCGCUCACCGCGCUCCACAACUUCACUCGCGCUGCGCUGGGACUCUCGUACCCGGUGCCCGAUGCCAAGCAGUCGCCCAUUGCCGCGCUCAAGCACCAGGCCUUCGAGACAUUUGGCCACGGCUCGUGGGCCAAGAAGCAGGAGCCCUGGGCGUUCAUGGGGACGGUCGAGGGCUACGUCUACGCCCGCGGGCUCAAGGACGUGCUGAUCGUGGCCACCAUGGUCCUCGUCUUCACCGCGCUGCGUGCCAUCCUGAUGAAGUACAUCCUCCUGCCGAUGGGAGAGCACUGUGUCCCGGCGGUGCAGGACGGCGGCAAGAAGGCCGCCGCAGCGAGCGGCUCCUCCGCCGUCGUCUCCGAGUCGCGCGCCGUCGGCAAGGCGCGGAGGACGAGGGACAAGGAGGUGCUGAGGUUUGCGGAGCAGGGCUUCAGCCUGAUCUACUACGUCUGCUCGUGGUCCAUGGGACUUUACAUUGCCUCGCGAGAGUCGUACUGGCCGAUGAAGACGUCCGAGUACUGGACCCACUACCCGACUGCGACGCUCGACGGACUCAACAAGCUCUACUACCUUGGCGAGCUGGCCUUCUACAUCCAGCAGCUCUUUGUCCUCAACGUCGAGGCACGCCGAUCGGACCACUGGCAGAUGUUCAGCCACCACGUCAUCACGAUUGCGCUGAUCGGCGGCUCGUACGCCUACAGCUUCCACCGCGUGGGCAACGCCAUCCUCUGCCUCAUGGACCCGAGCGACAUCUGCCUGGCGCUCGCCAAGAUGCUCAAGUACUCGGGCCUCCAGACGGUCUGCGAUGCGGCGUUUGGCAUCUUUAUGCUCUCGUGGCUCGUCACGCGCCACAUCCUCUACAUGGUCGUGAUGCGGUCGUGCAUCGUCGAGUUUUCGCCCCACCGCGUCGUCCUCCCCACCGGCGACGGCGGGCUCGAGGCGCCCGGCAGCGCGCCGUACUGGACGCUGAUUGGCCUGCUGAGCGGCCUCCAGGUGAUCCUCAUGAUCUGGUUUGGCAUGAUCCUGCGCGUCCUCUACCGCGUGCUCACCAAGGCCGGCGCGGUGGAUUCGAGGAGCGACGACGAGAGCAGCCAGGAGGGCGAGGGAGAGGAGGGGGACGAGAACGAGGCGACGACGAAGGGGCAACAAGAGGGAUCGCAGGGCGAGGUGGCGGCGGCGGUGUCGGCGGCAUCAUCGACGCCGAUAUCUGGAGCUAGCGCUGCACUAGCGGCAGCCGGGCAAGACGCGACGGACGAGGCAUCCGCCACGGCGACGGCGACCAAGACGACCAGGUCAAAGGGGCGCCGGAGGAGCAGCACCGCCAACGCCAAGAGCAGGAAGGCGUGA